AUGGAAUUGAAAAAUGACGAGAUGAAUGAUAUAAUAAGGUAAACUGAAUUUAAAGAUAUUGAUGUUACUAAUUGGUAUGAAUUUUCAGGUAUAAUUUUGCCUUAAAUGCUUAUUAAGCUUGUUUAAUUUUAAGCAUUAUGGGGAAUGCUUUAUUAAUUAUGAUCUUUUAGAAAAUCUAAAAUUUGUUUUUAUGGAAAAAAGAGGACUCUAAAAAUAAUCCUUCUAAAAUGUUAAGUGUCAAUUGUUUAUUAUUAAUAACUAUAUUAUGUAAAGAUAAUAUUUAUUAAAGUUAAGAUCUUUGCAUGUUACUAUUCAAUAACAGGUUUCUUAUUUAGUUAAUUUUGGAAUUGGAAAUGUAAUUCUGAAGAAAAUUACUUAACGAUUUCAUCAUCAUUUUAUUUAACAGUUUAAAUAUGUUAAGCAUAAACUUUGAAUCUCACAUUUUGUUUUUGUAGUAAUUUAUGGCUUAAAUUAUGGAGAAUGAAAUUAAAAAUAGAUCAGAAUAAAUCUCUACUAAGUUUAACCAAUAUUUUAUAACUAUUUCUUUCCAUAUUAAUUGUAGCAAUUCCAAUUGUUACCAUAAUUUCAUUAAUUUUAGAAAAAUAUGUUAGUACUAGCAUAGGAAGAGAUUGUUUAGGUGCAUUAACUAUAUUAAGUACUAUUUCAUUUGCUAUUAUUAUUUUGAUACUGCAUUCUAAACUUAAAGAUUAAUAUAGUGUUGGUAAUCAUUUUAGAUCUGUAAAUUUAUAAUUAAUAUUUUUAGAAAUUAAAAUAUUUAUCUAUAGGAAUAAUAAUUUGUGCUCUUUUAAGGCCAUCUUUUAAUUUUUUGUUCUCUUAUGAAUUUUUUUGGAAAUUAAAACCAGGACAAGAAUGUGAUGAUAAUGGUGUUAUAAAAAUUAAUUUGCCUGAUUAAGGUUCCACUUGGUAUGAAAUUGAUAUAUUUUUAUAUAGGGCUAUUUUCUAAUUCUCUUAUUCUUUAAUAACCGAUUUAAUUCCUAUUUAUAUAUUAUCCUUGUUGUUUUCUCCUAAUUUCACAAAGAGAAAAUAAUUAGUAAAUGUAGGGGAUGGUUGGGAUUCUGGUUUAGAAUGA